AUGUCAAAAGAUCAAAUUAAAAUGACCUUUGAAAAAUAUACUGUUCCUGAAUAUCAAAAAAUCCAAACCGUAAAUUAUCAUGAUAAAAAGAACUAUGUCCAAAUCGCAGAAAAUAUAUUAUCAUUUAAGUUUAAGAAAUCAUAUAAGUAUCUUGAAUCUGAUAUUGGAUCAUUUGAUAAAUCAUG